GAACCGCCCCGCUCUCCAGUACACAAAAAGGCGGUGGAUUUCUUUCCUUUCUGUUUUGAAGCAGAUCGUCGGCGGGGAGCCGUUGGUCGGAUCACUGUCUGUGGGGCAAAUUGAUCAAAUUCUCAUGGUUUAGGCUUUCGUUGAGAGACUUAUUGGAAGAAAAACCCACGGCUGGAAGAGAACCACAAUUGAAGACGAGGGAACAGCAAACAUUGAACAGCCCGGGGACAGAGAGCACCAUCCGGAGAGAACCCAUCUGACUCGGGGUUUCCUUUGAUUCAGUCGGAAGAUAGUUUGCUUGUUGUGUGUAAUUCAGAGCAUCACCAGCGGGUGGAGCUUUCCUGCACUGAAAGCAAAGUGAAAACAAGACACUAAUCAACAAUCGUCAGUCAGAAUCAGAAUGGCUACAGGGCCAGAUUUUACCAUUUCUGAUCUCCUGGCACAGGGGGAGGAAUAUCGACUGUACCAACUUACAAAGUUCUACAGAGACAGACUCAAACAAGCGAUUGAAGAAAACGUUGAAAGACUCGGUUGGAUGUUGACAAAGGAGGGACAUUUUAGUAGAGAAGAAAAUGAAAAAGUCACAGAACUGACAGAGAAGGGAAACCGGGCAGAGAGUUCCACACUCUUCCUCAGUUUGGUGAUGGGAAAAGGCUCCGGGGCCCGGAGGGCGAUGUGGGAAUCCUUUGUGACAUGGAGGACUGAGUUACCGAAGUUGGACAAAAUACUGAGAGAAAUAGAGGAACUCGGUCCUGAUCCACAAGAAUACAUGAACAUCGGCCAAGGGUUAACUGAGUUACCCACUCAAUUCAUAGAUGUUCAAAGGAAACACAAGGAGACUCUGCGGGCACAAACUGAAACAUUGGGAGUGAACACGAUCCUGAUGACGGAGAAGGUGAAGGUUUUACUGCUGGUUGAUCGAUACGUUGAGCUCACGGUAAUUUCUACUUUUCGAGAUCGGACACUGGUGGAACAUGAGCUGCUGGCAAGAGGCAGAGACCACGAGGAGUGUAGAGAAAUACAGCUCCGCAGAGAUUUAGAAAAAAUCCGGACUGAUCAAUUAUUCCAUAGCAGUUUUUCCCGGAGUAAAUACAAAUCUGGGUGCUCGGCAGUAGUGGCUGGCGUCUCCGGGAUUGGAAAAACUACAAUGGUGCAAAAGAUUGUUUAUGACUGGGCUAUGGGGGAAAUAUGGCAACAAUUCCAGUUUGUCUUCAGCUUCAAAUUCCGGAAUUUAAACGCCAUUAAUUGUCAAAUAAAUUUAAGGGAACUAAUUCUGGAUCAAUAUCCUUACUUUGGGAAUAUCUUGAGAGAGGUCUGGGAAAACCCAAAGGGAUUACUGUUUAUAUUUGAUGGCUUGGAUGAAUUCAACGAUCAAAUCGAUUUUACUGGCAGUCGCAGAGAGACAGAUCCUCGGUACACAUGCACAGAUCCGGAUUUCAAGUGCAAGGUGUCUGACAUUGUGUACAGUUUAAUCCAACGCAAGCUGCUGCCAGGGUGUUCAGUGCUGGUGACCACCCGCCCAUCUUCUUUACAUUUACUGAGAAAGGCGAAAAUCAGUGUCCGGGCUGAAAUACUGGGAUUUGUUCCUGAACAAAUGAAAAAAUAUUUCAUCAGGCACUUUGAAGAUCAAACGGUGGCGGAAGCUGUUUUCAAACACGUGAAGGAGAACAAGAUCCUGUAUACCAUGAGCUACAACCCUUACUACUGCUGGGUACUCGCUCUGACACUGGGUAUAUUCUUUUCACAAAGGGACAGGGAUCCGCAGCGAGUUCCCAAGACCAUCACCCAAUUGUACUCCUACUACAUUUACAACAUCCUGGAAAACCACGGCCGCGAGAUUGAGAACCUCCGUGAUGUGUUACUCAGCUUUGGUCAGCUGGCCUUCAGAGGAGUGUCCGAGAAGAAGAUUGUGUUUACCGAUGCAGAUUUGAUCAACUACGGUCUGCAGCCUUCCCAGUUCCUGUCCGGGUUCCUGAUGGAGCUUUUGGAGAGAGAAGAUUCUGCCGGAUGUGCGGUGUACACGUUCCCAAACCUCACCAUCCAAGAGUUUGUAGCUGCAGUCGCGCAAUUCCUGAAUCCAUAUCCCGGGGAUAUCCUGAAUUUCCUCACUGAAGCCCACAGGAGGCAUGAUGGGCGGUUUAAAGUAUUUCUUCGUUUUGUUGCGGGUCUCUCCUCUCCAAUGACAGCUCGGGGCCUGGAGGAGUUUCUGGGUCCAUUUCCUCAUGAAACGACCUGCCGGGUGAUUGACUGGGUGAAGGAGGAGGUUGAGCGCCAGGGCGGUAACGCACAGAGUGAAAAUGCUAAAAGCGGCCUUCUGAACACUUUGCAUUACCUGUCUGAAGCUCGGAAUCGUGGGCUGGCUGAGGAUGCACUGGCAUCUGUGGGGCAACUUUCAUUCUGUGAAAUACCACUGAAUCUGUUUGACUGCGAGGUCCUGUCUCAUGUCAUCGGACUCUGUGAUACAAUAAAACGGCUCGAUCUGUGGUACUGCGACAUGCAAAGUGGAGCAAUCCAGCGGCUGGGACCCGAGCUGCACAAGUGCCAGCACUUGAGCAUUUCGGGUAUUAGCCUGAGAGAAUCAGAAGUGAAACUGGUGUCUGCGGCUCUGAGGAACCCGGAGUGUAAAAUACAGAAACUAAUGCUUAUCGAGGUCGGUCUCACCGAUUCUGGAGCCAAGAAUCUCGUCUCCGCUCUCAGUACAAACCUACCACUAACGCAGCUAAAUUUGGGAAUAAACUCUCUCACAGACCGAUUUGUCCCCUCUCUCCGCGGCCUCAUACGCACCCUCCCGAAUCUGGAGCUCAUGGCGCUACCGGGGAAUAAUUUCAGUGUGAACGGGAAGAGGAAACUGAGCUCUCUGCAGGAACACACUCCCGGACUGACAGUGCUCCUGAACAAGUGAAUGUGUGAACAUCCCUGGCUGCGGGAUAGGAAUAUUUUGGCCGAUCACUGACCCUCCCCUUUAACUGCCGCUCUCCGGAUUUAAUUUCUGGCACCAGCCGAGCGCUUUGUAACGUCAGAACUUUUCCGCGGUGUUACAAUUCCGCCUUCUGUCUGGAGGCACUGCUUCCGACGCUGGCCCGGGUUGGAGAGCUCCACCAAAUGAGACUCCGAAGAAUUACACAGACGGCAAGAGCCCAGGUUUCGACUCCAGAUUUCCGGGGCAGGAUUGUCCAGCAAGAGAAUCCUACUGCUGUCUCUGGGCUCGGAACGGUAGCAUCGACAGACUGUCCGAUAUAAUAAUGUUAAAUUGACAACUUCCCCGGGAGUGAUCUUGGACAUGCAGCGAUCUCGGACGCGGUCCUGAAGUGUCAAUUUGUAAUCAGCGGUUCCCUGAUAUAGAGUCUCGAUGAGAAACGGGACUGAUCAAUUAACCGGUCACUCGUCGACGCUGGUCAGGUAAUUGUGUUUGAUUGUGAGUCAGUCAGUAUCAGUUUAUUUAUUUCCACAACUUAGCAGCUCACACACCGUUUAGUGUUUAGUUUACAUUCGUCAAAAUGAAAUCAAUAAACCGCAGUAAC